GACGCGCCGAGCCAAUGGGAAGCGGCGGCAGCCAGGCGCGGGCGGCACAGGCGGCGCGGCGGAGGCGGAGCGGGCGCUGCGGCAGGAGGGAAGAUGGCGGACGAGGAGAAGCUGCCGCCCGGCUGGGAGAAGCGCAUGAGCCGCAGCUCAGGCCGCGUGUACUACUUCAACCACAUCACCAACGCCAGCCAGUGGGAGCGGCCCAGCGGCAGCAGCAGUGGCGGCAGCAGCAGCGGUAGAAAUGGACAGGGCGAGCCGUCGCGGGUCCGCUGCUCACACCUUCUCGUCAAGCACAGCCAGUCCCGGCGCCCCUCGUCCUGGCGGCAGGAGAAGAUCACCCGGAGCAAGGAGGAGGCCCUGGAGCUGAUUAAUGGCUACAUCCAGAAGAUCAAGUCCGGAGAGGAGGACUUUGAAUCCCUGGCCUCACAGUUCAGCGACUGCAGCUCAGCCAAGGCCAGGGGGGACCUGGGGGCUUUCAGCAGAGGUCAGAUGCAGAAACCCUUCGAGGAUGCGUCCUUCGCGCUGCGGACAGGGGAGAUGAGCGGGCCUGUGUUCACGGACUCGGGGAUCCACAUCAUCCUGCGCACCGAGUGAGGGCGGCCACCCCCCCUCCUGCCCACCCAGUAUUUAUUGUUCCCCACGGGGCCGGGAGGGCGGCGCAUCGGGGUCUCUGCUCCAUGUCUGCUCCCUCAUAGGGGCGACCUCCCUCGCCCCCUCCAUAUUUUAGGAGUUGAUUUCAGCCGGGGGUGCGGGGGGCUCCAGAUCCAGGGGACGCAUUCCAGUCCAAGAGAGAAGGGCUGGCCACGGGGGUCCCCACCAGGCUCACACGGGGGUGGGGGGCAGGAAGACCCCAGGGGUUUCUGGUAAGGCCUUGC